GACUUGCUUUCGUGCACUCAUUCGCGAGUGCCGUGUCUUCGACUUUCCCCUCCAUUAGCCGUUCAAGCAAACCUCCUCUUUAUUAGCCAGAUUCGGCCCAGCUCUACGGUUCACAGAUCAACAUGCGUGCUAUGGAGAACCCUGCGACAGCCUUCUGGGGUCUGAGUAUCAGCGACGCAGACUUCGCGAAGCUCAAACGCGGUGUCAGGGCUCGGGAUAUGGAUGACAAAUGGGUCUUUAUAGCCAUGACGGAUGAAGAGCUGGCGGAUAAAGAGACGACUGAAGCGACGACAGAUGAAGUGCCAACGGGUCAGGAGACGAUAGAGGAAGAGCUAGAGGAGGAACCGACGACGCCCCUGUUUGAUGAAGCUUUGUUGCAUCAGGCUGGUGACAUAUCCAUCCGUCGAACCUGGACAAACUGGGAGCUCUACAGACUUGCUAUCAAGCCAAGCGAUGGCAGCACCAGUGCGAAAAUUGAGUCCAUCACCUGGGAACAGAACCAGGGUACCCACACCUCGGAAGAGCAAGCUAAGGUCGACGCUGUCCUUCUAUGCAGAUCAAUCGCUGAGUGCGAUCUUACGGAGGCGCCGGACUAUGAUCCCUCACAAUUUUCGGAUUCUAUUCCGAAAAUUGCUGUGGAUAGCACGACUAUUGUGAACGGUACGAACUAAGCGCUAUAGGGAGGGGAUGAAUGGAGCUUCUGGGGGGCUGCGAAGUCAAGCAAGUCAGGAAGUCACGGCGCCGCCGACAGCUAUGUCAACUGGGCAAAUUAACUAGAUUGAUUCGUUUAUUGCUCCCUAAAACGCAGCGAUGCAAACUCGAGAUGAAGACUUUAUUUUCAAAAUUGAACGAUUUCUAAGGUUAGACUUCAGUAUUCUAGAUCAACCAUUUUUGAUAUUUUCAGAUUCUGUCCUGUUCUAUGCUGAGGCUAAUCGAGACACCUAUUAGUCACCAAAUACAAGCAAUUAUAAU